AUGGUUUCUCCCAACACCUUUUCUUUUUCUCUCAUCUUAUUCCUUUCUUUCUCUUCCUUCUUCUCUCCCUCACAAUCUCACAACAAGGUUUCUCUAGAUUUAUACUAUGAAAGUUUGUGCCCUUACAGCGCCGAUUUCAUCGUCAAUUCUCUUCCCCAAAUCUUCCAACACGAUCUUCUCUCCAUUGUUGAUCUUAAACUCGUUCCUUGGGGUAAUGCUAGACUCAAAGGUAACAAAACCUUUGAUUGCCAGCAUGGUCCAGAUGAGUGCUUGCUCAACACGGUUGAAGCGUGUGCUAUUGAUAUCUGGCCGAAACUGGACACACAUUUCUCUUUCAUCUAUUGUAUUGAGGAUCUUGCGCUUCAGGGUAAGCGCAGAGAAUGGGAAUCUUGUUAUAAGAAACUGGGUCUGAAUUCAACACUUGUUGAUGAUUGUUAUCGUAGUGAACGCGGAACCGAGUUGGACCUAAAGUUAGCAAAUGAAACAAAUGCUCUACAGCCUCCUCACGAGUACGUUCCAUGGGUAGUUGUGGAUGGAAAACCACUCUACGAGGAUUUUGAAAACCUCAUAAGUUACAUCUGUAAAGCUUAUAAAGGCACUGAUGCACCCAAAAUUUGCACCCAAGCAUCAUAUCUUAGUACUGUUCGAGAAGUGGAAGCGAAGGGCAAACAUUCAUUUUGCGAUAUGGAAAGAGUGAUGUCAACAUGGAAAAAAAUAAAGUCGACCAUUGCGUCAUGGACGAGUCAGAUGAACUUUCUAGUCGCAAUGUAA